GUUUGAUCAUCGGUAACCAAAGUAAAACUCUCACUGACGGCUUGCUGACGGCUGCCGCCCUCUCUUCCCUCCGCCAUCCUCCACUUCGAUUCGAGUCGCGCCGGACGCGCCGCAGGCUGCCUUAUAUCUUUCUUUUUGGAUACCCUUGUCCUUGUCCUUCUCGUCCCUCCUUCGGUGUCUCCACUUUCAAUACUCUAUUUCGACCUCUCUCCGAAUCGAUUUCGCGAGGCAGAUGCGCUCCUUCACUCUGACGACCCUGACGCUGGCACUCUUCGCCCUGGGCGAUGCGCGGCCGCUGCGGCGUGCUAUCGAUGCGAGCGUGCGGUGCGCAGCGACCGAUCAGACGGGGUCCGCGCUCACCGCGUCCUCGACCACGACAGACUCGUCGGGGAAUGAGUUCUCCGUGUGCACGUACAAGAGCGCGGGGCCGUGUACCUUUUUCUUCGCGGAUGGAUCCUUCUCGUCUGGGUCUAGUGACUGUCCGAAGGGCCAGGCGCAGACGGCUGGGGCCGGAACUGGAGGGGGAGGAGGAGCAACAUCUGCAGGAUCGUCGUCUUCGUCGUCAAAGCCUCAGGGCACACUCGAUCCGAAUGUCAAGUGCCCGGCGAAGGACAAGCAGGGCUCCUCGGUGACUUCGUCUUCGCAGGGAAGCGAGAAUGGCAACGCGCUGGUGACAUGCACGUACGCGGUUGCGGGCCCGUGCACCUUCUUCACGGAUGGAUCCUUCUCUUCUGGUGGCAGUGAUUGCCCAGCCGGACAGUCACAAGGCAGUUCGCAGCAGACGACGACAACCUCUGCACCUCCUCCUCCUCCGAAGACAACAGCCGCUCCGCCGCCGCCUCCGAAGACGACAGUUGCGCCUCCUCCCCCGCCACCGCAGACGACUACUUCUACACCACCGCCUCCUCCCCCGCCGGCGACUACCAGCACACCGCCACCCCCGCCGCCAACAACCACGAGCACACCCCCGCCGCCUCCGCCGUCAACUUCGACAUCGACCACCACAUCGACGACGACACCUCCGGUCACGACCCCCAGCGACACGCCGACUGUGGCACCCGUUGUCACCAGCACAUCUGCUGCCGCCGCCGCGCCGCCGGUCGACCCGAGCCCCGUCGACUCGACAACGUCGUUCACGACCGUCUUCGUCACCCCGACCGACACCUCGACCAACACCGCGGGUGCGCCGGUUACGACGGACGUCGCGAAUGCCGGUGCGCCGGCCGGUGGACUCGGCCAGACUGGCGCUGCUGCGCCUGGACUGCGGGCAGGUGCUUCAUCGCUCGUGCUGGCCGCUGGCGUUGGACUCGCAGUCCUUUUGCUUUGAAGAAAGUUGGACACACCACAUGGACUAUGGACUUGGGUUUACUUUGUUUCAUUAUUUGUAGUUAACUUUUUAUUGUGUCUGUUCGCUGUUGAUUAGCACUGGUAUUGCAUGGCUCCUGGAGGCGGAGAAAGCCAGAUCGCAGUGACCUGGUCCAUCCCUCGGGCGAGUACUAUCAAAGCCUCUGAAGCUCUCUUUCAAGGUGAACACUGAAAACGGUCGAAGAUAGUUACUGAGCGGCGGCGGUACAUAUUAAGCGGACCUCAGAGGCAAGUGUUACGGGAUGCGCAGGCAGUUUUAUUGAAGGAGAUCGUGAGGUAGUACAUGGAUACAUUGUUUGUUGACAGGCGCUCUCAGCUCUGCAUUUCUUCGUCAUCCCGCCCAUUCAGACCUAUCAGUUUGCUUUUGACUUUGCGCUUCGCCCGCUUAACCGUCGAAAGCUGUCCAAUUUGCUCAUCAGACGAGUAGUCGUCCUCCUCUGCAUCGACAGCGACAUCAUUAUACGCAGGCCCCUCCGCCCUCCCUUCCGCUCUGUCCUCGUCCAGCUUCGCUUGGCUCUCCUCAU